UCUGGGAUGGCUUUUGCUUCCCUUAACCUUGGAGCUCUCCCUCAAACAACUCUCUCAAUCUUAUCCACCACAUUUUCUCCCAAACUUUCAUCUUUUCUCUCGCCAACUCGCAGGCCUCCUUGCCUUGGCGUUGUGAGAUCGGCUCUUCGCGAAUGGAACGAGUACGAGGAGGCCGUGAAGCGCAAGGACCUUGCUGGGGCUCUCAGGUUCUUGAAAUCCAUGGAAACCAAAGACCAAGAAGAAAAAGAGCUCCGUCUUGGGUCGUCUCGGUUUGGUGAGUUGGGGAUUUCUAAUUCUGGGUUUCAGAGGGAUUGGGAGGUUUUGGACACGUGCUUGAAUGCUGAUGAUAUGAGGCUCGUUGGGAAUGCUUAUAAGUUUCUCAAGGAUAGAGGCUUCUUACCCAAUUUCGGAAAAUUCAGGAACAUUGUAUUGGAGGGAUCAAGAAAUGUUACACCAAGUGUAUUGAAGGAUUCAACUGGUUUAGAAGCUUCAAAAUUUGCUCCAAAAAAGUGGGGUCUAUCUGGAAGUUCAAGUCUUGCUAUGAUCGCAUUCCUUGGCGGUACAUCUUUUCUUCUGUCCAAAGGCAUUGAUAUUAGGCCUAAUCUUGCAGCAAUAUUGGGACUAGCAUUUGUAGAUUCUACCUUCCUUGGUGGUUGCUGUUUAGCUCAAGUAUCGAGUUAUUGGCCUCCAAACAGACGUCGGAUCCUUGUUCAUGAAGCAGGGCAUCUCCUAACAGCGUACUUAAUGGGCUGUCCAAUUCGGGGAGUCAUUAUAGACCCAAUUGUCGCCGUCCAAAUGGGCAUUCAAGGGCAGGCAGGAACUCAAUUUUGGGAUGAGAAGAUUUCUAAUGACCUAGCUGAAGGACGACUAGAUGGUAUUGCCUUUGACAGGUACUGUAUGGUGCUUUUUUCUGGUAUUGCUGCUGAAGCUCUUAUCUAUGGUGAAGCCGAGGGUGGUGAAAACGAUGAAAAUCUCUUCAGGAAAACUUGUGCUCUUCUGCGACCCCCAUUGUCUAUUGCCGAGAUGUCAAAUCAAGCAAGAUGGUCUCUUCUGCAAUCUUACAAUCUGCUCAAAUGGCACAAGAACGCACACCGAGCUGCUGUUAAAGCUCUGGAAAGUCGUUGCAGUCUAAGCGUUGUAAUCAGGAGAAUUGAGGAAGCCAUGUCUACUGAUGAAAGAUAUCUGUAGAAAUUAAACAUGUAUUUGCUUUCAGCCUGUUUGCUGGUUACAUGACAGGACGAUGCAAAGGAGGUCAGAAGAAUUUUACCGUUGAAAUAGAGACUUAUUUUGCGAUGCUCUCAUCUUCACACCUCUUGAAUUCUCACAACCAUGGACAGCCGAGUUCGACAUGAAUAACAAACCAGUUCUUUGUUAAGAAGAGUAUGUUGUAAAGGAAAGGAAGUUCCGCAUCAAAGUUUAUGCGUAAAGGUCGACAUAAGGCGAGUUGGAGGAGUCCUGAGCACUAACCUGUUUCAAUCAUGGGAGUGUUGCUCUUACAGAUGGAAAGAGCCCGAGCCUGAAAUUUCAAACAGAAAAUCAUGGUGAGGCUCAAAAUUCAAGCUUUAUUUGUCUGAGCUUGUUAUGAAUUCCAGACCAAAUUCUGGCUCAAAAUUUAUGCACUAGUGCUAUGAUUAGAUUUCUAUAACAAACCUUAACAUGUAUACAUUUUGUCAAAUUUAUUUCGGGUAGAGGAAAUACCCUUUUUA